AUGACCGUUUGCUGGCGUAUUAAUUCUAUCCCAAAUAGGACCCGUCGUGCGACUCUUCUAGAAGCAAUCAAUAAGACCGUUGAUGGACCUUUUUCCUUGGCUUUUAAAGAUAAUCGCCGCACAGCUAUUAUCAUUACUGAGUCCGAAAUCCAGCCAGAAAUACAUCUAAAUGGCCGUAAGUUGUCUCUAAAGCGUCUCGAAGAGAGUGCCAAAAGUGCAGUCGAUAGUGUAACUCCUCUCUGGAAUCUUUCUUAUGAAGAUCAACUAGCUACUAAAGCCGCGGCCGUCCAAAAAGCCCUAGCAGUCAUUGCCGGUGCCACCAGUGCAACUGUCCAAACCCACGCUUCACCCAUACGCCAAGGCUACCGCAAUCGCUGUGAGUUCACUUUUGGUUUCGACACAGAAGAUCGUCCGAUUCUAGGCUUCCGCACCUCUGGGUACUCCACCGGCCCCAACCGAGUCACUGAUCCCUCCGAUUGCAUCUAUAAUGUCAGCACAGAAAUGCUAGAUAAGGUCAAAGAAGUCAACAACUAUCUAGCCCAACAUCCAGACCUAGUCUACAACCGCAUAUCAGCAACCGGUCUCCUUCGUCUCCUUCUUCUCCGCCGGAUUGGCACCCAAUUAGUUGGUGUUUUACUGGCUGCUGGCUCCUCCCUUAGUGAGACAGCCACCAACCCGCACCUAGUUCAGUUUAGCCAAUCACUUCAAAUAGAUAGUCUUUAUUUAGCCGUUAGUACGGGCAUUCAUGAAGGUCUACCCCCAAACACACCCCUCCAUCUUCUCCAUGGUUCGAAUCCGCCCCAUCAACAAACCCUAGGUGGUUGUCAGUUUACUUUAGCCCCACUAAGCUUCUUUCAAGUCAAUAUCCCCGUGGCCGAAAUACUAGUCCAAAUAGUCAAAGAUGCCAGUGCCAAUCAAACCAUCUUAGAUGUCUGUUGCGGCUCGGGUGUUCUUGGCAUUUGUGCCGCCCAAGGCACUACCGCCCAAGUAAUUGGUCUCGAACUAGAUGCCCAAGCUAUUACUAGUGCGCAACUCAAUGCCGCCACGAAUCAGACUCAAGCCACCUACUACACCGGUCGAGUAGAGGACACUUUAACUACAGCCUUAACAAAAGUAUCUGGACCUUGCACUGCACUUCUUGACCCGCCUCGAGCCGGUUUCCCCAAUCGCCUCCUUCUUUCCCUGCUUAGCACACCCAACAUCACGCGCAUCCUCUACAUCAGCUGCAGCUAUCGGCUAGUGAUCGAGAACCUAAAAACCAUAAGUAAGAGCCACUUUAUUCUGAAACAAAUCCAUAUCUUAGAUAUGUUCCCUUAUACGGACCAAGCCGAGUGCGUCUUCCUCUUUGAAAAGAACCCCAAUUCCACCGCAGUACCCAAUCAGCACCACCCACCAUCACCAUAA